AUGCGAAGACAGUCGAAUAUAUCACCAAGACUUUCAAUACUUGAUAACAAAAAACGAGGUUGCACCGAUUGGCCAUGUUUACUUAUCUUCCUCACUCUUCUUAUUGUUUAUAUUCUAUUUGCUAUCUUUGUAUUUCGUGAAGGUUCAUUACGACGUUUUUUAUUUCCAACUGAUACGCAAGGUCGUUUAUGUGGUGUAGGUUCUCAAAACGAUCGAAAAUAUUUACAAUUUUUUGAUAUUAUCAAAUGUAUCAAAUAUAUCUUAGUUGGUGCACGAUGUCCAACGCCGCAAAUGUGUGUCGAACAAUGUCCAACAAAAUUUUAUCAUUAUAAACUAUUGUAUGCUCAAGAAUUAAAAUUAGCUACAAAUAAUGCAAAUAGAAUUAAACGAAUUCGAUCACAACUCACAUGUGAAAAAUCUGCACGUUCUCAAGUUGAAAAUCCAAAAAUAUCUAUCUAUAGCCUUGUCAAAGAACGAAAGCUUUGUGCUCCCUAUUCGUUUCCUUCGAUAGCCUUUUAUGGACGAUGUAUUCCAUCGAUUAUUGUUCAAGCGUUAAACUUAACAAUUAAUCAAGCAAAUGAUGUUAUCAAAAAUCAUGGUGGGAACACAACUGACGAAGAUAUCAUACCAACUAAAGAUUCAAUGGAAACUGGUUUAAAAUAUUUUAAAAAAGCUUUACAAGUAAAACGUCUCUUAUCUUAUAUGUUUGAAGAUUUAAUUCAAAGUCGCUACGUACUUUUAUUAUCUCUUGCUUUUUCCAUGAUAUUUGUUAUUAUUUACAUGCUCUUAUUACGAUACUUUGCUCGAUGGAUCAUAUGGCUAUCGUUAAUACUAUGUAUUAUUGUAUUUGCAUUAGCUGCUCAUUUUUGUUUUGUAGCUCGAAUUCGAAUGCAAAAAUAUUUCAAUGAUAGUACUGAUAAGAAUAACAAUAGUAAUCUACUUAAUAUAAAUGAAAUGAAUAUAACAUUUGAUAUCAAUGGAUUGGAUACUAUUGAUAUUAAACUAAUAACUCGUACAAUUUCAAUAAAUAAAACACAAGUCUCAUUAGAAAACUUUGAUACAGCUAUGAUUUUAUUAGAUCAAUUUGCACCGAUUAAUAUUAUUUGGUUAUUAUUAGGUAUACUUUGUUGUAUUGUGUGUGGCAUUUUACUUAUUUGUACGUGUUGCCUAUACGAAAGAAUUGUAUUAGCGGCAGCUCUUAUUGAAGAGGCCAAUAAAGCGAUUAGUUACGCACUAACAACUUUAAUCUUGCCCAUAAUUACAUUUUUUCUAAACAUCUGUUUUGUUAUUUUGGGUAUUCUCGUUAUUGCUUAUUAUUCAACUUUGGGCCGAGCUAUUUAUCAAAUAAGUUGUAGUCAAGAUUUUGGUCAAUCAUGUCGAAAUGCAUCUAGCCGUACAUAUGUUAAAUCAAAUGAAACGAUAAAAUUAAGUAUUCGUUCAAUGCCCCGAUCAUGUUUUGAUUUUAAUGAAGGAGAUAAUUGUAAUCCAGAUGAUUUUUCACAAUUAAACUGUGCCACAGAUCGUAUUCGAUGUGUUUAUGCAUCAUAUGGUUUUGGCGAUGAAACAUUUACUGGUUAUUUUAAUAUAAUAUGGAGUCAUCGUUUGGCUCAAUUUCUAAGUCGAUAUUCAUGGUUUAUUAAUAUUUUUAAUAUAUUUAUGAUCUAUUGGCUAUUGGCAUUUAUGAUUGCACUAGAAGAAAUGAUUUUAGCAUGUACAUUUGCUUCUUAUUACUGGGAAAUAAUGAAUCAAUCAAAUGAAACAUAUUGUCAUGGCUAUUUUAAUAGAUGUCUUUGUUCACAAGGCUUAUCAAUAACAGUUCGUCAUCAUUUAGGUACUAUUGCAUUUGGUAGUUCGAUCAUUGCCAUCAUUGAUGUAUUACGAACAUUAAUCGAUUUAAUUAAAGAUCAAAUGGAAAAGUUGAAUCUUGAUAGUUAUGGAAAAUGUUGUUUAACUCUAGUUAAAAGUUGCCUAAAUUCUGUUCGUUGCUGUUUUGAAUUUUUUUCCAGAUAUACUUACAUUAUGACAGCAAUUAGUGGCAGAUGGUUCUGUUCAUCAGCUUUUACUUCAACAAAAUUAUUACUAAGCAACUGUUUACGUUCAUUUGUGCUCGAUCGAGUUUGUACCAUUCUUUUACACAUUGGAAGAAUAACAAUUACAAUUGGUUCAUGUGUUUUUACGGCAUACAUUCUCGAUAGAAUUCAAAACAAUAUGAGUUUACAUUUUUCAUGGGUUCCUAUACUUACAAUUGGUAUAUGUGUUUAUAUCAGUUCAGCAAUAUUUCUUAAUGUUUAUUCAACAGCAACUUCAACAUUAUUUUUUUGUGUAUUAUAUGAUUUAGAAAUGGCUGAUCAUUCACAGCUAGAAUCACAUGUCAGAUCAAAUCGUUUGAAAGAAAUUCUGAUUAAAUCAAAUGAUUUUCAAAAAAAUAAAAUUCAUACCAUUAGUGAUCAAUCGAUGAGCAUUGAAAGUGAAUCAAAAUUUUAG